GGCCCGGCCGGCGUGCGCGUGCGCGGUAGCGGCUCGCGCUAGCGGGGGCGGCGAGGCGGUUGCUUCGAGUGUGCUAGUUUGCUCCCUGAAGGGAGUGAGGGUGGCUAGGUGUCGGCGACCAAUAUCGCCCUUCCCGGGAGCUGUCCUUUGCUUCUCAGAUGUAAUGCACUUUAAGUUUGUUAUUCAGCAGUGAAAAUGAGUCACACAGAGGUUAAGUUAAAAAUACCUUUUGGAAAUAAAUUACUAGAUGCUGUUUGUUUGGUACCUAACAAGAGCUUAACAUAUGGAAUAAUUCUUACACACGGAGCAUCAGGAGAUAUGAAUCUUCCUCAUUUGAUGUCACUGGCAUCCCAUCUUGCAUCUCAUGGGUUUUUUUGCCUGAGAUUUACCUGUAAAGGCCUUAAUAUUGUACAUAGAAUUAAGGCAUAUAAAUCAGUUUUGAAUCACCUAAAGACCUCAGGAGAAUAUAAACUUGCAGGUGUUUUCCUUGGAGGUCGUUCAAUGGGCUCAAGAGCAGCUGCUUCUGUUAUGUGUCAUAUUGAGCCAGAUGAUGCUGAUGAUUUUGUUCGAGGUCUCAUUUGUAUUUCUUAUCCACUGCACCAUCCAAAGCAACAGCAUAAACUCAGAGAUGAAGAUCUCUUUCGUAUAAAAGAUCCUGUACUGUUUGUGUCAGGCUCAGCAGAUGAAAUGUGUGAAAAGAACUUGUUGGAGAAAGUGGCACAGAAAAUGCAAGCUCCCAGUAAAAUCCACUGGAUUGAGAAGGCAAAUCAUUCCAUGGCAGUGAAAGGACGGUCAACAAAUGAUGUUUUCAAAGAAAUAAAUACACAGAUUUUGUCUUGGAUCCAGGAAAUCACUGAAAUGGACAAGAAAUAAUUGUCAUUCGUUAAAAGCCAUGUUAUUUUGAAUACAAAUACAGUUAAUUUGAUAAAGAACAGUAUAUCUCCCAGCAUUUUGAGAUAUAUUUCAGACUAAUUUAAUGUUCUUUAAUGUUCCUGUUUUUUAAACACCUUUAAUUGUGAAAUUAAUGUCCUUCACAAAAUGUCUUUUGAAAGCACUGUUAUAGUUGUAUAAAGAUGAUGUAAAAAUAUUGAAGGUGGUUUAAAUAUAAUUUAUUUUCUUUAGUUAAGUUUUGAAAAUUAAACAUUUGAAUUUUGUUACAA